GGGGAGGGGAAGGUUUACCUCACUUCAAGAAGCCUGGAAGCCUUGGAGCAGUGGAAGGCUAGAGAAAAUUGCUGGCCCGCACGUGAGUCCGUGAGAGGUUAUUUGCAACUGUGAGCAGGAGUGACUGAAGUGACUAGCCUGGACAGAGGAGGGUCAGGGUGACUGAAGGAGUCCAUUUUACCAGACUAAAGACCUUCCUUCUGAAGGAGUAUGUCAAGGCCUGCCAGAGAGCACCUGCUCCUGAAUCUCAGAACCCAGAAGAUCCCAUGAAGUCUCUACAGAAUGUUCCAGAAGCCUCUCCUCCAGUUCCCCGAGUGGAGGACCAGCUGCUGUGAAUGAGGAGACACCCCAGAUGGAUCCAGUUUUCUGCAGAGAAUCACAGACAUUGUGGGGUUCUGGAGUUUUCUCUGGCCCAGGGGCCCCAAGACAGGGUGGAGCAGCCACACCUGCCUGAAGUUCUGAGGAAGAGGGCGGAAACAGACAGCUCCCGCCCUCGCCCUCACCCUCACUUUCUCUCCCCACAAUUGUGAUAGGCUCCACUGGGGGCAUUGUGUGCCACAGGGGCUCACUUCCCCAAACAGGCAACUGUGGUUUUUCAGAGCCUGCCGUCCAACCCUGGGAGGUCAGGUGGCAUGCCUGGGAUCAGUGUGGGUCCUGCCCCUCGAUCCCCGGGCUGACUGUGACAUUGCAUCUGGAUGGAGCCAUGGCCUCUUACGUUCCUGCUGUUGCUGCUGCUGCUGCUGUGGCUACAGGGCUGUGUCUCAGGUCACUCCAAUGAGAACCUGUACAGGAAAGUGUGGCGGCGUGAAGGCGAGACCCUGUCUGUGCAGUGCUCCUACAAGAACCGCCGGAACUUAGUUGAGGCCAAGUCUUGGUGCAAAGUCAAGAAGAAGAAGUGCGACCACAACUUCACCCGGAGCUGGGUGAGGGGUCCCAGCUACUCUCUGCGGGAUGAUGCCAAGGUCAAGGUAGUCCGUAUCACCAUGGAAGCUCUCAGAGUUCAGGACUCCGGACGAUACUGGUGUAUGCGUAACACGGCUGGGCAUUUCUACCCUUUGGUGGGUUUCCAACUGGAAGUGUAUCCAGCCCUCACAACUGAGAGAAACGUUCCCCACACACAUCUUACCAACACCCCCAUGGAUGGAUUUGUCACGACCGGCCAAGUCCAUAUUUCAGACCCUCACGCUCCUUUCACAUCUGACGUGACUAUGUUCACAUCUGAAGUGACCAUGUUCACAUCUGGACUCCUCACCUUGGCUUCAGGGACCACCACACCAACCCCUGUGACAGGCUACAGUUUCAUCGAUACCAGUGGCACCGUUACAGAGCCUGAGAGGAACACAGAGUCCCAGCCCGCAACCCUGUCUCCUAGCAAUGCAAGAUCCUUCUCUGCUGAUCCAGUGACCACCUCCACCAUGUCCAGACACCAGAGUAGCAGCUUGUCCACCACGGGGACGUGCCACCCGUUAACUCCCAACAGGUCCCAGGAAACUUACAUCCCUGCGAUGGUGGUGGUGUUGACAUUUCUUCCAGCACCUGUGGUGUUGGUCGUAGCCUACGGGUUUUGGAAGAAGAGACAUAUGGGAAGAUACAACUUGGGCAGCAACUAUGCUAAACCCUGGAUACACCUUCCUGAAGGACCAGAGACACCGUGGAAGCCUGCUUGGUCUAAGAUAACUCAGUGAGCUGGGAAGCCAUUUCCAGUGGGUUCAGAAGGCCAGAAGAGAACCAAAGACCAGGCAGUGGCCCUGGGGCAGGAGGACAGUAGAGCUGCCUUCCCUUUACCCAGGGUCACUGUGUCCUCAGAUUCCCUCUGUUCCCUUCAAAUGCCUCUAUAUGUUUGAAGACAAGAGUCAGGUUCCAAGGCAGCCAGGGUUUCUAGAGUUCUGUUCUGGAUGAGAAGGAACAGUGACGAAGACCUGGGCCUCAGAGGAGUUGGUAGCAGGAGGUCCCAGAGCUGACGAAGGCCAUGUGUCUUCUGAUAUUCCCUGACUGUGACUGCUGGUCCCUUCUGUCCUGGGAGCCUACAGGUCACAUCAUUUGUUUCCUGCCUGGCAACCCCUUCAGGCCGGUGACAGCCUUAAGUUACAGGGCUGUUCUUUCCCAAGAGAAGUGCAAAGGGCAAACCUGGGUUUCCCCCACUCGAUUUUCUGCUCCCAUUGCUCCCAUGCUACAAUGAUGAACUCGUGGAGGAGACUGAGUGCAGAGACUCAACCAUGGGGUGCUUGCAGCCUCAUAGAGGACACCUUCCUCCAGACACUGGGGUCAGCCAUGGACCAAAGCAAUGCCGCUUCUGAGAAAAGAGCAAACGGGGCUCCCCUGCUUAAAGCAUCAGGAGAGAGAGGAACAGGGCAGGAGAAUGACAAAUCAGAUUCUAGGAUAGAAAGAUGGGAAGACGCCUGAACACACAGACACACAUAUAUACACAUGGAGUGGGGGAGGGGGAGGGGGAGAGGAAACAAAAGAGGAAAAUUGGGAGGAGGAGGAGGAGGAAGAGGAGAAGGAGGAGGAAGAGGAAGAGGAGAAGGAGUAAGAGGAGGAGGAGGAAGAGGAGAAGGAGGAGGAAGAGGAAGAGGAGGAGGAGGAGCAAGAGGAGGAGGAAGAGGAGGAGGAGGAGAAGAAAAAGAAGAAGAGUCCAUACAGCUCAGACUUGCCCUCUACUAUCUAGAUCAUUGGUCCAGAGUAGAGCAGGGCUGUGGGUUGUGGGCUGUGGGCUGAGCUGCCUCCUUAGUAGGGAUACUCACUAGCCCACAGAGCAUGGAAAGGUCCCUGGGCCAAGUGCAGCAUCUACACCCUCAGCCCUGAGUCAGGGACAUCCUGACAAGACAGCAAACAUCACAGUCAGGUGGCUGACACAGCUAGGGCCUUGGUGUGCACUCCAGGAUGACUUUGAGGCAAGAGAAGGACCAAAGUCAGGGGACAGAGGGGAGAAGGCAUCUUCCUCUCUGCUUCCAGAUGAGAGCACAAGAGGGAAUAUCAAACUGAACAACUGACAAAACAAGUUCUGGAAGGAUGGAUGGACACACACACCUCUGGCUAGAGUGCAUCUAUAUAGAGCCACCACCCUAGUUAACUAGAGAGGAUUAGCUCACACUGCCUGUUCUACAGUCCCACCCCCAUACUGGCCCUGAACCUCCAUUGUACCUUCAUUGUCCCCCACAGCCUUGUUUCAUGAUGGAGAGGUCAGGCAUAAGGACCAGUGAUGCCACUGUCCCUGUGUGACCCUGACCAAGCCACAAACCCUGUCUAGACCUCGUUUUUGUCUCCUAUGAAAGGGGAUAAUAAUUCCUGCCUAUAAAGAUUGGUUGGGGAUGCAAUGGAUGACAUAAACACUGUGCGACCUGAAAGUGUCUUGUGCUUCCCUGGAGCUCUUUCCUGUCUUGUUGCUCAUUAGGAGCUGAGUGGGGUUUGAGUUUUCCUCCUGCUGCUGAGACUAUCACUCUCUGACCAGAGGCUUCAAGGAUGGCUCAUGCUUAACAUGCUCAUGGCUCCUGCCAGGACCCAGGCUCAUUUUCCAGUACCCACAUUGGGAGCUCAUCCUGUAACUCCAGUUCCAGGGCAUCUGAUGCCCCUUUCUGGCCUCCUCAGGCCCUUCAUACACAUGGUACAUUUAAACUAUUACAGGUACACAUAUACACAUAUAAACUAUUACAGGGACACACGUAUACACAUAUAAACCAUUACAGGUACACACGUAUACACAUAUAAACCAUUACAGGUAUACACAUAAACACAUAUAAACUAUUGCAGAUACACACAUAUACACAUAUAAACCAUUACAGGUACACAUGUAUACACAUAUAAACUAUUACAGGUACAUGCAUAUACACAUAAAUUUAAAAAAAAAAUCUUCCAAAACAAUAACAACAAAAACCAGCCACCAAGAGCAGUCUAUGGAGGAAAAGGUUCAUUUGGUUUAUGCUUGCAGUCUACAGCCCAUCACUGAAGGAAGUCAGGACAGGAGCUAAAGCAGGGACUGGAGCAGAGACCAUGGAGAAACGCUGUCUGCUGGCUUAGCUUGCUUAGCUAGCUUUCUCGUACAUCUCAGGGCCACUUGCCCAGGGAAUGGUGUCACCCACAGUGGACUGGAGCCUCCCAUAUCAACUAAAAACUGAGACAAUCCCUCAGAGACAUGUCCCAGGUCAGUUUGAUCAGGGUAAUCCCUCAAUUGAGACUCUCCUCAGGGGACUCUAGGCUGUGUCAAGUGGACAGUUAAAGGUACCUGUCAACUUCCUUGCUCUCCUCUCCUGCUUCUGUCCUCACCACAGGGAUGCUGGGGUUCUGUGAUGAUGGCUGGAUUUUCAGUUGCUGUGAUAAAACACCAGUGUUGGGAGCCAGGUGAUCCAAGGCUCUCCCCACAGUUCUAAUGUAUGGAGAAGGAAGGUAGUCCCUUAUCUAACACCAGGAAUACCCCUGGCAAAGUCAGUAGUAACCCGGGGCCAGGGCCUUGGGGAAACUGUGGGUUUUAUCAAAUGACCUUUGGACCCAACUCCUCCCCACAAGGAGCUGUGGUUAUUAGACCCAAUGCCACUAUAAAAUCUGUCUGUGAUACACUUGAUACCCUGUAUCUUAGGCAAUGUUGUUUGAUUAGCUUCCUGCUGACUGGAUCCUAUUGUACAACAGCUUUCCACUGACUGUCCCAUUUCCCCUCGGCAAGCCACAUAAAAACUGCUAUUCUUGUAAAUAAAUUUGCUUGGCAUAAGCCAUCAGCGUC